CAGAGUGCGAGCAUAUGGUCCUGGUAUUGAGCCAAGGGGUCCUGUUGUUGGUGCCCCUGCAAAUUUCACAGUUGAAACUUUCUCUGCCGGAAAGGGAAAAGUGGAUGUGGAAGUAUUAAAUGCUGCUGGUCAACAAGAACCAGUGGAUAUUCGUUUCAAUAAUGACCGCAACCUGACAUACAGUGUCUCAUAUGUACCUAGACAAGAGGGCUCACACAAAGUGUCGGUCAAGUUUGCUGGGAGGGAGAUUCCAAAGUCGCCCUAUUCUGUCUUGGUAGAGGGGCAUGCAGGUGAUCCUAGCAAAGUGACUGCUUCUGGCCCGGGACUUCAGCCUGAUGGUGUCAUGAUUAAUCGACCAACUUGUUUUGAUAUUUGCACAAAAGAUGCUGGGAGUGGUGUACCCGAAGUCAUCAUUUUAGAUCCAUCAGGCAACAAGAAUACAGUGCCAGUAAAAGUCCGACCACUUUCUCCUGAUAUUUGGCGCUGUGAAUAUGUAUCACCUAUUACUGGCUUACAUUCCGUUAAUGUAUUCUUUGCUGGCAAGCCAAUUCCUAACAGUCCAUUUGGAGUUAGGGUGUCACCAGUAUCAGAUGCAAAGAAGGUCAGAGCAUCAGGUCGUGGACUUCAACCAAAUGGUGUUCGUGUGGGUGAUAUGGCAGAUUUUAAGAUUUACACUGAGGGCGCAGGUGAAGGUAAUCCAGAAGUUCGAAUCAUUGGUCCUGGUGGUGUCACUGAACGUGUUAAAUUAACAAAACUGGAUGGAACAACUUAUGAAGCUGUAUACAAUCCUCAUAAAGAAGGACGAUAUGUUGUUAUGAUAACUUUUGCUGGUCAGGAAAUUCCAAAAUCACCGUUUGAAGUAAAUGUCGGCCCAUUCAAAGAAACAAUGAUAAGAGUGUUUGGACCUGGUUUGGCUGGGGGUGUUGCGGGAUAUCCUGCUCUAUUCACUGUGCAAACAAAUGGAGAAACAGGAGCAUUAGGCUUUAGCAUUGAAGGACCAUCACAAGCAAAAAUUGACUGCCAUGAUAAUGGAGAUGGUUCAGCAGAUGUUAGAUAUUACCCUACUGCUCCAGGAGAGUAUGCUGUACAUAUUUUGUGUGAUGGAGAAGACAUUCCAAAAUCUCCUUAUGUUGCUCAAAUUUUGCCAAACACUGAUUAUUUCCCAGACAAGGUGGAAUGUUAUGGCCCAGGCCUCAAACCUGAUGGAGUAGCGAAAGGAAAGUCUACAGAGUUUACCAUUGACACCAGGAAAGCAGGCUCUGCUCCUUUGGAUGUUCAGGUUUUAGAUGCAAACUGUAACUCGGUUGGUGUGAACAUCAGAGAUAAUAGGGAUGGCACAUUCAAGGCUGAAUAUGUUCCUAAAGCUGGUGCAAGUCACACUAUCCAGGUUAAUUAUGGAGGUGUUGCAACCAAAAAUAGUCCAUAUCGUGUAUUUGUAUCCGAACCACUGAAUCCCUCAAAAGUGCAAGUGUUUGGCCCUGGAGUGGAAAAAGGUGUUAAAUCAAACACUCCAACCCAUUUUAACAUAGACUGCAGAGAAGCAGGUCAAGGUGACAUUCAAAUUGCUUUAAUGAGUGAGACUGGAGUAGAUGUUCCUUUGAGAAUGACUGAUAAUGAAGAUGGCACCUUUACUGUUGAUUACUGUGUCACUCAACCAGGAGUUUACAAUGCAACGAUUGUGUAUGGUGGUGUACAGAUUCCACAAAGUCCAAUCAGAAUUCAAGUUCAGCCUCAUGUGGAUGUCUCAAAAAUAAAAGUUGAUGGCUUGGAACCAAGUGUGUAUGUUGACUCUCCCACUGAUUUUGUUGUGGAUUCCCGUGCAAUUGCAAAAAGAGAUGAUGGUAAGGUAACUUGCACUAUUACCAAUCCAUCUGGUACUAAGACUGAAAACUUAAUUACGCCUUUGGCUGAUGGUACAUACCGUAUUAGCUACACUCCCUUCGAAGAAGGAUGCCAUACUAUUGAUAUUCUUUAUGAUGGUCUACCAAUUCCUGGAUCUCCGUUUGUGGUUAAUGUUAGAAGAGGAAGUGAUCCAAAGAAGUGUAGAGCUUUUGGACCUGGAUUGGAACAUGGCUUUGUGGACAAAGCUAAUAUGUUCACUGUAGAAACCAAAGGUGCUGGCACUGGUGGUCUUGGAUUGGCAAUUGAAGGUCCAUCUGAAGCAAAAAUGACUUGCAAGGAUAACCGUGAUGGUUCUUGUUCUGUUGAAUACAUCCCAACUGAAGCAGGAGAAUAUGAUGUCAGUAUCAAAUUUGCAGAUCAACACAUUCCUGGAUCUCCUUUCAAGGUCCCUGUUGAUAUGAAUGUUGAUGCCAGUCUAGUGAAAGCGUAUGGUCCUGGUUUGGAUCCUAAUAAAUGUAGAGGAGAUACUCCUCUUACAUUUAAGGUUGAUGCUUCAAAGUCUGGGAAAGCUGCCCUGGGUGUAAAUCUUCGCUCUGAAAGGGGAGCACUACCACAGCAACCUGAAAUUAGAGAUAAUGGUGAUGGAACAUAUGAUGUGAGUUAUGUUGCUCCAUCUGAAGGAAGCAAUUUAAAAGCAAAAAUUACUUGGGAUGGCAAAGAUAUUCCAAACAGCCCAUUCCAAAUGAAGGUACGUCCUGUGGUAGAACCUGAAAGAGUUAAAGUAGAUGGCACAGGUGUGUCAGCCAAAGGCAUUCCAGCUUCCAUUCCUGCUGAAUUCACGAUAGAUACCAGUCAAGCUGGUUAUGGCGAUUUGGAGGUCUCUGUAAAGGGUCCUGAUGGAUAUCCAAGGAAAGUGAAAGUUAUUGAUAAUGGAGAUGGCACCUUCAAAGCAUCUUACAUACCGGAUGACUGUGGAAGAUAUAAAGUUAGUGUUAAAUAUGGUGGAAAAGAAGUACCUCACUCUCCUUUCCAAGUUCAGGCUUAUGCUACUGGAAGUGCUGAGAAAUGUAAAAUCACAGAAGGUAUUCAACGUACACUUACAAGUGGUGAAGAAUAUUGUAUUACUGUUAAUGCCAAGAAUGCUGGAUAUGGUGCUGUAACCUGUCGUAUUCGAUCAACAUCAGGAAGUGACUUGGACAUAGAUAUAGAAGACAAUGGGGAUGGUACCUUCAGUAUUUAUUACACGGUAAUGGAUGCUGGUGACUACACACUCAGCAUCAAGUUUGGUGGUCAGCCAGUUCCUGAAGGUUUCUACAAGUUCACUGCUGGACCUGAAGAUUAUAGCAAGCAGACAAUAGUCAAGGAUUCGCACCAGCAGCGUACUCGUAAAUCAAAGACCAGCACUACAUCACAGUAUCGUAGUGUUCAAUUGGAUAACAUCCCUCUGCCUACUACUGGAGGACACGUCACAGCGGAAGUAAAAAUGCCGAGUGGAAAUGUUGACAAGCCCAUUAUUGAAGACAAUAGAGAUGGAACUGUGAGCAUCAAAUAUGAUCCAAGAGAGGAAGGACUUCAUGAACUCUAUGUCAAAUACAAUGGAGAACAUGUGCAAGGUUCACCAUUCAAGUUCCAUGUUGAUUCAACAAGCAGUGGUUAUGUUACUGCAUAUGGACCAGGAUUAACUCAUGGAGUAUGUGGAGAGCCAUCCAACUUCACAAUUUCAACGAAAGGUGCUGGUGCAGGUGGUCUGUCUUUGGCUGUAGAAGGACCCAGUAAGGCAGAGAUCAGUUGUCAUGAUAAUAAAGAUGGAACAGUAUCUGUGUCAUAUCUCCCUACAGCUCCUGGAGAAUAUAAAAUUUCUGUGAAAUUUGGAGACAAACAUAUUAAAGGCAGCCCUUACAAUGCCAAAAUAACUGGUGAAGGAAGAAAGCGAAAUCAGAUUUCAGUAGGAUCAUGCAGUGAAGUUACAUUACCUGGUAAAGUCACUGAUGCUGAUAUAAGAUCUUUAAAUGCGUCUAUCCAAGCACCAAGUGGUCUGGAAGAACCUUGCUUCCUAAAGAGACUGCCAAAUGGAAAUAUUGGCAUUUCUUUUACUCCACGUGAGGUUGGAGAGCACAUUGUAUCUGUUAAGCGUAUAGGCAAACACAUAUCUAAUUCACCGUUCAAGAUAAAUGUGGGUGAAUGUGAAGUGGGUGAUGCUAAGAAAGUUAAAGUGACUGGUGCAGCUUUGAAAGAAGGAAAAACUCAUGUCGAUAAUACGUUUACUGUAGACACUCGUAAUGCUGGAUAUGGUGGACUCUCAUUAUCUAUUGAAGGACCAAGCAAAGCCGAAAUUCAAUGUAAAGACAAUGAAGAUGGAACACUUAAUAUUUCAUAUAAACCAACUGAACCUGGUUACUACAUUGUGACUGGUGAAGGAUCCAAUCGUCAACGUGAAAAGAUUCAACGUCAAAGAGAGGCUGUACCUAUAACUGAAGUAGGUAGCGAGUGCAAAUUGACAUUCAAGAUGCCAGGCAACUGCUCCAAAUUUUCACAUUUCACCAUAUUUUCUGCAGGUAUCACAUCCUUUGAUUUGGCUGCUACUGUCACAUCACCAGGUGGUGUAACUGAAGAUGCAGAGAUUAAUGAAGUGGAGGAUGGUUUAUAUGCUGUUCACUUUGUUCCAAAAGAACUUGGAUCACCCUUCCAAUUUACUGUUGGCCCUCUUAAAGAUGGUGGUGCCCAUAGAGUUCAUGCAGGUGGUCCAGGAUUAGAACGUGGUGAGCAGGGCCAGCCAUGUGAAUUUAAUGUCUGGACACGUGAGGCUGGUGCAGGUUCCCUUGCCAUUUCAGUGGAAGGUCCUAGCAAAGCAGAAAUUGAUUUUAAAGACAGGAGAGAUGGGUCAUGUUAUGUGAGCUAUGUCGUUUCUGAACCAGAGGUAGUGGAGGGGUAUGUGGACAACGUUAUGGUAGGGAUGAACUCUGGAAGCAGGAGUCAGUCUGGAAGUGUGCAAGUCAGCUGGUUUGCAGGCAGGCAGGCAGCACAGUACAUAUGCUGA